GACUGCACACACACUCAGCCUGCACACACACUCAGCCUGCACACACACUCAGCCUGCACACACACAUCACUCUAAUUGUCAUAAGCCAGCAAACAAGAAUCUGUAACUGGUUUCCUCAGAGCGCCUGUGGCGUUUGAAAAUUACUCGUUUGAACCUCCUCGAUCUUACCUUAAGCCAACCACUCCUACACAUCCAAGUCUUCCAAAUUGAUAUAUGACAAUAUCUACUUUCGAUCACGUGUCUGCGGGGCGACUUAGACGGAUUGCGCGUCAUCUCGCCUUCCCAAAUUUUUCCCUUCUGCUGCAGCUCGAAUCCAAAACAUCUAUCUAUAGUGGCGAGCGCGAGGAGAGAGACUAAGAUGUUUAACUCGGUGAAUCUGGGCAACUUCUGCUCCCAGACGCGCAAAGACCGGACAUCCGAGUUUGGGGACAGGACUGGCUGCGCGUCUAACAUCUACCUCCCCAGCUGCACCUACUACGUUCCCGAGUUUUCCGCCGUCUCCUCGUUCCUCCCGCAGGCCCCGUCCCGGCAAAUCAGCUACCCUUACUCCACGAAUCUGUCCCAAGUGCAGCCGGUUCGGGAAGUUUCGUACGGCUUGGACCCUGCCGGGAAAUGGCACCACAGAGGCAACUACGCGUCGUGCUACUCGGGAGAGGACCUGGUGCAUAGGGACUGUCUCCCCCCAUCCACCAUGACAGAAAUGCUCAUGAAGAACGAGAGCGUGUACAGCCACCACCAUCACCAUCACACCCACCCCGGCUCCAAUCACCCUUCCACGGGCUUCUACUCCGGCGUGGGCAAAAACAACGUCCUCCCGCAGGGUUUCGACCGCUUUUUUGAGACCGCGUACUGCGGCAGCACGGACAAUCAGUCAGACAAUUGUUUACAAAAAGGCGAGGCGGGGAAGCUGGAGAACGACUCCCAGCAGCAGCAACAGCAACAGCAGCAGCAGCAGCAGCAGCCGGCAGCCUCUGUACCCGGAGCUCCGGAACAGGAAAAAGACCCGGACGACGAGGAGGAACACACGAAUUCAGGCUCCUGCACUUCUUCCUCCGCGGCAACCAAGGACGGGAACAAGAGCAGCCACUCGAGCGUUCCUCGGACAAGAAAGAAGAGGUGUCCCUAUUCCAAGUUUCAGAUCCGAGAGCUGGAGCGGGAGUUCUUCUUCAACGUUUACAUCAACAAGGAGAAAAGGCUCCAGCUCUCCCGAAUGUUGAACCUCACCGACCGCCAGGUUAAAAUCUGGUUCCAGAACAGAAGAAUGAAAGAGAAGAAGCUGAGCAGAGAUCGCCUUCAGUACUUUUCCGGAAAUCCCCUGUUGUGAGCCGAGAGAGGGAGAGAGAGAAAGAGAGAGAGAGAGAGAGAGGGAGAGAGAGAGAGWGUGUGUCACACAGUCACAGUCUUGGACAAGUGGCAUCAAGGCCUCUCCCUCUCUCAUUAGUGAAGUCUAAUCGUGGGCUUGCUUUUCUUUCCUAAAAAUUUAAAAAAAAUAAAAAUUAAAAAAGCAGCCCAUGUCAGCGAGAGUGCAAUGUGAAAAAUGGACAAGUGGAAGAAAAAUAUAUAGGCCUGCAUGGUGGGGAUGAUGUCGCCAUUUUCUUAUUAUUGCCACCCCCUUUUCCACACGGGACGCGAUGAGAAAGGCCUACAGUGGUUAGAAUUAAAAAAAAAAUCACCAUUUAUACGCUGUUCUUGAAUAUGUCCUUCUAUUUAUCUCGUUUCUGCGUUGUGUUUACUGUCCGUAUAAACAUAUUUGUGUAGCAAACCAAUCCUUAUUGCGCAGACAACUUUUAGCUCUCAUAUACUCUGGUCUGUGUAUAUAGCAUAUCAGUAUCUAAUUAUUUCUCGACCAGAGCAUGGACAAAAAAAUAAAAAAUAAACAGAAAUAAAAAAUAAAUAAAAAAGACWUGAAAAUAAAUAUUUCCAAGCUGCAUUUUUUUUCCGCCAUUGACAAACUGUGACGUCCAAUCUGUGAAAGUAUACUCCCUGUAUGUGCAGAGUAGCCUAUGCAAAGUGCAUUUGAAACUGUAAAUAUAGGCGUAUGAUGAAUCUUUCUUUCUUUUUAUUUYCCUUUCUUUUUUUUCUUUUUAGCCACCCAAAUCUUUGCUGCUAUUUUUUUCAGCACACUGCCCAUAAAACCUUAAAAUAAGCUUUAACCUCUCAUUAAAUUAUUUGCUGAAAAAAAAUAACAUUGGUGCUUUAAUUGAUCAGAGACCGGAUGAAGGGGUUUUCGGCUUGUGUAUCAUUAUAAUAUCUUAAUAAAAAGAAACAUAUAGGCAAAACUUUAA